AUGGCCGACGUUGUAGAGAAAAAGAUCGAAGGUAAGCUUCGUUUGUUGAAGUUUAACAAUGAACAAACAACAAAAAUUGUGGAUUCAGCUGAUCUAAAAGCUAUUGAGAGACACGUGAGUGUUCAAGGGAUCAAAAUUGAGAGUGGCGACAGAAUUGGCGAAGUUAGGCUUUGGACAGAGACAAUAGAACUGAACUGG